CAAAUUGUGACACAAAUAAUCACAAAAUAUAAUUGUCUCGUGAUCGGCAAGAUCUCACGUGGAGUAGAUCCUGAAAUGAUAUAGAUCCAUCCCCUUUUCUUUUCCAACGACUUUGAAACGCUGAUUACUUCUCUUUCUGAAGCUUCACACCAUAAUCUCGGACCUCCUCAAUAGCCAUGGGACAAAUUCUUGAAAAGAUUCAAGGAAAAGAUUGGAAAGAAAAACAGAUUCGACAUAUCAGUAGCAAAGUUUUUGACCGUGUCAAUAAUAAUGAGGGCGGUAAAUUGACAUUUGAAGAGCUCUACAUUGGUGUGCUGCUAGUAUUCAAUGAUAUUAAUAAGCGUUUGCCCGGUCCUCACUUUGAUCCCCCAACAAAGGAGGAAGUGCGCAAACUGCUGGAGGAGUGUGAUAUGAACUGCGAUGGGGCACUAGAUCGUGAAGAAUUUGUGAAGUUCAUCCGUCGUAUUACAAAAGAUACACUCUUGACAGUGAGUCAAGGUUUGAUCAUUGCUCUGGCUGUUGCUCCAACCGUGGCAAUACUAACAAAGAGGUCAACUGAGAACAUCCCGCAUGUCGGAAAGGUGGUGGAGAAGAUACCAAGUUCAGUCUACGCUUCCCUCGUCACCCUCGUGGUUGUUGCUUUCCAACAAGGUGCUGAGAGAUCAUAAAUACUUCAAUUUCUUUGCACUAGUUUGUAUGGAGAUGGCCGCUUUGCAACUUGAUAAUAUAGAAUACUAGACAAAUAAAGGGUUUUUUAUGUUGAAAAUGUGGUGCGGUAAUGUAAGUAUGAUAUUUGAAAGUUGUAUCAUUACUUGCACAGAUAGUUAUGGUGAACCUUUUUGUUACAGAAAUAAUGCCAUCCCAGUUUGUGGUGAUGUUAA